UUCGAUGAUUUGUUUUCUUUGUUGACUUUUUAAAAUUAAGAUGUGUUUACGCUUGCGUAAAAUAAUUUUUUUUGGAUUUAUAUUGUCACUUUGCCAUUUAAAUAUACGGGCCACCAGUGUCAUACAAAAUGCGAAGCAAUUCUUUGAUACAAUUUUUCAUACUACAGCUAAGAAGCCAGAAUUCCUAAGUGUAUAUAGAUCGGAACUAACACGUCAUUCAGUGAGCCUAGAACAGUUCAAUCUGUCGUCAGAAGUAGUUAGUUAUGCAGGAAGAAUCGGACAUAUUAUUAAGAAACUAGAAAACUCUUUGAAGAUGCUUGUUUCUUGGACAGAAGAGGAAGUUUCAAAAUAUUCUUGGAAUCCGAAAUUAAAGUCAGACAUCAUAAAAUAUAAUGAUCUACGUGAAUUAAAACCUGAUGACAAACGACUAGUUGAUGUACCAGGUUAUCAGUUAAAAGUUAUGCCAAAUAAAUCUGGUGUACAUUUACCGGUGGAAGUAUACGGAGGAGAUCCUGCAGUUUUUCAUACUUUAAGAUGGACAGAAGUACUGGACUCAAUUUUUUCAACUGAACCGAAUUUACAUUUCACAUAUUUUGCAAGUUUAACUGGAAUUUUACGUGUAUAUCCAGCAUUCCCUUGGAGAGAACAAAAUGUUGAUAUGUUUGACGUUCGUAGACGUUCUUGGUUUAUACAAAGUGCUUCUGUUCCCAAAGAUUUGUUUAUAUUACUUGACACGAGUGGAAGUAUGACUGGUCAGUCGUUGAAAUUGGCUAACGUAUCAGCUCAAAAAUUAAUUGAAGCUCUUGAUGUGGAUGAUUAUUUCACUGUAGCACAUUUUCCUGGAGCUAAAGAUCAUGUUGCACCAAUGAUUGUUACAGCAAAUAAUGAAAGUGAACCAAUUUGUUUUAAUUCAUUUGUUCAAGCAACUAGACGUAAUAAAUUACGCUUGUUUUACGAUUUGAGUACUCUGAAAGCACGUGGUUAUUCCGAUUUUCCAGCAUCACUGAAAUUUGCUUAUGAAAUGUUUCGUAAUUUAACUGGAAGCGCACGAGGUGAUCGCGGCAAAGAAUUAAGAAAUAGAAUUCUUGUAUUAAUGACAGAUAAUGCAUUUGUAUUUGAUGAAUCUGUACUUUCACAGCUUAAACAACAAAAGUCCAAUAUUACAACAUUUAUUUAUUCACUUGGUGAACCGGUUGGAGCGGCUUAUGAACAUACAAUGAAAGCAUGUGCAACAAACGAUUAUUAUCAAUAUUUACCAACAGUCGGAGCAAUCUCAAAUUUAAUGAAGGAUUUUCAUGAAAAAUCAACUCAAAUUCGUUUUGGACCAAAUGGUAGUCCAUUACCAACUGAAGUAAUUCUACAUGGUGCAUCAGAUGUAUUACAUACAAAUCAGUAUAAAGGUACUGGUUUGAUGGUCAGUAUAUCUAUGCCUGUUUAUAAUCGAACUAAAAAGUUACAAUUUUUAGGCCUUAUGGGUACAGAACUCCCAAUUGAUUUGAUGAUGUAUGGAUUACCGCAAUCAAAACUCUAUCCAAUUGGUUAUGCAUUCGUUGUAAAUACUAAUGGUUAUUUAGUGUUUCAUCCUAGUUUAAUUCCUGAAUACACCUGGUUAGAUGAUAGUCAAUAUUUAGACUUUCUUGAUGUUGAGUUAAAUGUUUAUGGAUCAAAAACACUAAUUAGAAAGAAGUUGAUUGAUAAUGUAAGAGGUUCUGAAGAAAUUAUCGAUUUUAUUAAAGUAUCAGAUAAUGUGCAUACUUACGUUAAACCAAGGCUUUAUUCGUUUACAAGAUUACCUAAUACAGAUUUCGGAGUUGCAUUUGUUACACCUACUGAUCAACAGUUAUUUCUGAAUAUUCCGAAAUCUAGAAAAUUCGAAAUUAACAUAGAUGUUCCAGGGAAAUAUAUGAUUGAUGAUGUUCGUAUUAAAAAUCUAAUUCAAAAAGCGAAAGUUAUUUUACCAUGGAAAGCACUAGAUGUGUACAUGAAAAUAAAUUAUCGUGUAUUUAAUUUGGAAGCAGCUGAUAAACAUAUGAUACUUCAUAAAGAUGAAGAUAAAACACUGCAGAUGAAUGCGGUACCAACUAGUGAGAAAGAGGAAGGAGUUGAAAUAACAAACUUAGCAGAAACAUUAAUGGAAGACGAAGAAGCACAACAACAACAACAACAACAGUUCAAUACAUCAAUAACACCCAAUAAUGAGUCUCUCUCGAUCAAAAAUAAAAAACUCCCAUUAAAAUCAGAUGAUAAAUUAUGUAUCAACAAUACAAAUUGUUCAAUAGAUAAAUUAUCAUUUUUAAGAAAACUUAUCAUUCGAAGUAUCCGGCCAUACAAUCAUGAUAGUGAUAAAUUUGAAAAUACUCAAGAUAUUAAGGCUUUUGUUAUUGAUGAUGAUGAUUCUUCUUCAGAAACAACGGCGAAACCACAAUCGAGUGACUCAAUCACAUCACUAUUAUCAACAUCAGACAAAUCAGUCAAUGGUGUUGAUGAUAUCGAUAUAGAUAAAAAUGAGUCAUCAGUACCAAUAGCGAUAGAGAAUACACAAUCUGUGAAUACUGAACCCAUAAUGAGUAAGGUAAAUACAUCAGAAGAUUUGAAAAGUACUAAUUGGACGAACAAAAUUACAACUCCAGCAUUAUUAACAACUCCUGAAGACAUAAUUAGUAAAACUACAUUAGAUAUGAUAAAAGAUGUAACAAGUGUAAACAGUGAUGAAGUGGAAUUGAAUCAACUUAUGAUUGAACAAGCUGAUGAAAUCAGAAAUUUCCUUGAAAAAGUACAGAAUAUUAAUUCUAAUCAAUCAGAAUUAUUAUUACAAAUUCUACUGGAAAUUAUCAUUGCUGAGAAAGAUGUUGGUGAAUCAGUUGAAUUGAUCAAAUUAAAUAGUCCUAUACGUUCACGAACUGUAGCAUUAAAUACUGGUUUAGUAUGGACAAUACCAAGCAACACUCAUGAACAAUUCUAUGAUGAAUUAAAGUACUGGCCAAAUUCGCCUAUAUUUCAACGUCUAUACGAUUCACAUAGCUUGAUAUUUUGGGUGCCAUUAAGGAAAAAUGAAGAUUCUUCAAAACCGAUCGAUGAAUCAAUCUCUUCACAAGAAAAUAGUGAGUCCUUAUUACAAAGUACCACUAAACAAACGAAUGACAACAAUACCAUUAGUAUUAUUGAGGAAACCAAUGAAACAACGACAACAAAACCGAUACUGAAUAAUACCAAAGAAGAGCAACAAAUACAUCAAAUUGAUGGUAGUAAAAUUAAUCACAACAAGGAUCCUGAACAUGCAUAUGUUGAAAUUGAUGAAUAUUUUGACGAACUGAUACAACCACUUAAUGAAGAGGAAACAGAUGAAAAUGUGAAAUCAUUUAAUCAAACUAUCAUUAAUAGUCACGAUAAUACUGCGUUACCAGUAACUAUAUUUACACCGAUAACAAUUACAGAGGGACAAAAUGUUUAUAAAGCUGGAGUAAUGGGUAUAACAUUGGAACCAGAUUAUUUAUCUGAACAGUUAAAUAUUACUCCAGAAUGUUCCACAACACAAUCGAACAAAUUAUGUUAUUUAUUAGAAGAUGCAGCUAAUAUAAUUGCUGUAAAUAACAAAUCAUUAUAUUAUCAGAUAGGUCAAUUUUUGGGAUAUAUCGAUCCAGAUCUAAUGAACUCUUUAGUUCAAAGUCAUGUUUAUGGAGUUCUGAAGGAUUAUGAUUUCAAGGGAACAUGUUAUCCAAGAGAAGAUAAACUUGAAACUACUUCACCUGGAAUACAUCCGAUACCGUCUAUCCUUAUGUAUACACAAAGUAUGUUUAAUGUGCGUAUAUGGUUUGAUUGGUUAUUGACAAUUGGUUCAGUAAGUGCACUUAUUACUAAAGCAUUUAUCAUGGGAAUGAUCACAGUUAUAGUUUCAGGUGAUCUGAAUGAUGAUAUGGAUCCACAAAAUAAACCAUAUCAAUGUAUUCAAGUAAUUCAUCGUUAUUAUUCAUUAAAUAGUGAAUUAUAUGACACAAGAAAUUCUCCAAUCAAUGUUGGUUUUAAUCAUAAAUUUCAAGGAUUUAUAUCAUGCUCUCAACAACGUAAUCGUGAUUGGUCAGUACAACCAAUUGCUGGUACAAAUCUAUUAUUACUUAUCACAGAUCCAAUUUUUGCUGAAUGUGAAAAGAAUGCAUUCAUUGAACCUUUACACCGUGAUCCUGUAAAAGAUGUUGGUCCAGAUGUUUGUGAAGCUUCACGUACUCCCCGCUAUCGUAGACAAUCACAAAAGUGGACAUUAGUUCCGAAUUAUGAAGACGUUCCACCUCAUUGCUCCAGUCCAAAAGGACUAAAGAUUUCAUUACAACUGACCAUAAGUUUGGCAAUACUCUCAUUCUUUCUUUCAUUGCAUUAAUAUUUACUGAGUUUAUUGAUAAAAUAAACAUUUCUGAGCUCAUAUUUACACGUUGUGGCAAAUGAAAUUUCAUAAAAACAUUUUGUGCUACUUACUAUUAGCCAGUAGCACCAUAAAGUUAGCUACAAAUAACAGACUGAUGGUUAUACUAAACAUAGAACAACCUUCAUAUAAAGUGAGAGCCAAACCUAUUGUAAUUUAUUUCAUGUUAAUCUUGCAUUUCACCGGCAUGUUUAUUCUUUAUCUUGACCGAAUAAUUUUUCAUCAUAAAAGAGGAUUUAUUACCCGAAAUCGCAGUUACCUGUUUGAUCAAUAAAUUUUCACAGGUGUUUGUUAAUGUCUUAAAUGCUAUACAUAUUUGAUGUUCAAAGUUGAAUUAAAUUCAGGAAACACAAAAUAGAAC